AUGGGAUCCUCGGAAUCUUACUCGUAUCCAGCUUUGCGUAUGUCGAACCUCGGAUUAUGAUAGCGGAAAGACAACUGGAUUUAUACGCUCGCGACCGCAAUCCACUCCUUAUUCAAUGUAUACUAACUCGAUAACCAUAUUCCAGCAUCGCAAGAAGAAUUAGACCAAUAUAACGUGCCACUUUGGUACCGGGAUAAAUGUGCAGCUAAUGUGAUAGAAUACUAUAAAUGUCUCGACAAGGGUACUUCCUUUUGCAACAAGACCAAGGAUGAAUUUUACAAGUGCCAGUAUUUUGCAUUAAAGGAAAGAUUGGACAACUAUAACAAACAAAAACACUAA